AUGACGAAGCUUUUACGCAAGGCUUCGGUAUUCUCGUGGAACGAACCAUGUGAAGAAGCCUUUGCAACAUUGAAAACAACCUUGGCGACGCCGCCGACCCUCACGAGACCUGAUCCUCUGAGCCCACUACUCGUGUAUUUGGCCGUUUCCGAGGAGGCAAUCAGCUCGGUUUUGGUGCAAGAAAAAGAAGGCACCCAAGCUCCUAUAUAUUUCGUCAGCCGACUCCUACAAGAUUCCGAAACCCGAUACCAGUUGAUAGAAAAGGUGGCGUUUGGCUUAGUGCACACUUCCCAACGCCUACGACAUUAUUUCCAAAGCCACCGAGUAGUGGUCCACACCGAUUGCCCGAUCUCAAAGGUCUUGGGCAAGCCUGAACUCGUCGAAAGAAUGAUGGCCUGGUCGAUGAAGCUCUCACAAUUCGACAUCACCUUCAAACUGAGAGGACCGAUCAAAGCUCAAUGCCUGGCCGACUUCAUGAACGAGCUCCAUCCUCACGGCCAAUUCGAAGAGUAUUGGUGGACCCUCCACGUGGACGGUUCCUCAAAUUGCCGGGGAAGCAGAGCAGGAGUAAUUUUGGAAGGACCCAAGGGGAUAGUUUUGGAACAAUCCCUCCGCUUUCGGUUCAAGGCUUCAAACAACCAAGCCGAGUAUGAAGCCCUAUUGGCCGGACUCAGACUAGCCGAAGACAUGGGUGCUUCGAGAAUCAAAUGCUUGACCGAUUCCAAGGUUGUGGCCGAGCAAGUAGGCGGCAGCUUCCAAGUAAAAUAUCACAACAUGAUGAAGUACUACCAUGCCUAUCAAAAGUUGAAGGCAAACUUUCAAGAGGUGUUGGUCGAGCACAUCCCGCGCGAGGACAACAUUCGAGCAGAUCAGUUGGCCAGGUUGGCCGCGACCAAGAAGCCAGGCCAACUAAGAACCAUAAUUCAGCAGGGUACCGACCACCCCGGCCAGAGUGACCCGCCCGACUGGCGGGACGAAAUCAAGGCAUUCAUCACCAAUGGUGUCGCCCUGGCCGAUCCGACCGAGGUCAAAAGGUUGAGAAAACAAGCCAACAGAUAUGUCGUCAAUGUCAAUCUAUUAUACAGGCGUGGCUUCUCCACUCCACUACUCAAGUGCCUAGGCCCCACCGAGGCCAAUUACGUGAUACGAGAAGUCCACAAGGGAAUUGGUGGAAUGCACUCAGGAGCGAGAACAACCACUCAAAACUCCUACGAGCCAGAUACUAUUGGCCGACCAUGA